AUGAGGACCAGAUACUCUCCGGACGUGAUCGCCGCCCCGGAUUCCAAGCUCAGUGCCACAAAAUCCGAGGUUCCCAGCGCUAGCCUAGUUGAUAACGAUCCCUCGUAUGAGGUCUCGAACAAGCGCCAAAGUUUGUCCGACCUCUUUACAAUUUUUGCAAGCGGUUUUGCCCUGAUCAGUGAUGGAUACCAGAACAACCUUAUGACAAUGACAAAUGUUCUUCUCAAAAAAGAAUACCCGAAGGAGUAUACCUCGACCGUGAGCACUCGUGUGUCUAAUGCAUUGCUGGUUGGUGAGGUUAUCGGUCAGUUUGUCAUCGGUCUCACUUGUGACUACCUUGGUCGCAAGACAGCCAUCGUGUUUACUACUAUUAUGAUUGUAAUUGGCGGAAUCCUCGCUACCGCAUCUCAUGGAGUUACCAUCGACGGCAUGUUCUGGAUGAUGACGGUAGCGCGUGGUGUCGUGGGAUUCGGUGCCGGCGGCGAGUACCCUGCAUCAUCGACAUCGGCCUCCGAAUCUGCCAAUGACUUGACCCCAAAGCAUCGUGGCCCAGCCUUCAUAAUGGUGACCAACUUUCCAUUGUCAUUUGGUGGACCGUUUGCAGUUUCGAUCUUCCUGAUCGUACUGAUGGCUUGCGGACAGUCCCACUAUAGUACUGUAUGGCGGGUGUGUUUUGGAAUUGGAUGUAUCUGGCCACUGUCCAUCUUCUACUUUCGUUUUCGGAUGCUAAACUCGGCACUCUACCGUCGAGGUGCGAUCAAGAAGCAUGUCCCUUAUGUGCUCGUGAUUCGAUACUAUUGGAGAUCGCUAAUAGGCACCUGUGGUGCAUGGUUCCUCUAUGACUUUGUCACCUUUCCGAACGGGGUCUUCUCAGGUACAAUCAUUUCAUCGGUUGUCACAAACGGUACAAUCCGCUCGACGGCUGAAUGGCAGCUUUUACUCGGCGCAAUCGCUCUUCCAGGCGUCUUCCUUGGUGCUAUUCUUUGUGACCGGGUUGGACGUAAGAACAUCAUGAUGAUCGGCUUUACCGGGUAUCUAGUCUUUGGCUUAAUUAUCGGCUGCGCCUAUCAUAAGAUCACCAAGAUCGUCCCGCUUUUCAUCGUUUUUUACGGGCUGAUGCAGAGUUCUGGCAACUUUGGCCCCGGAAAUAUGCUUGGUUUGCUUUCCUCGGAGUCGUAUGCCACCGGUGUGCGAGGAACAUGCUAUGGAAUCUCGGCAGCGAUCGGGAAAACAGGUGCUGCUGUUGGAACUCAAGCAUUCACGCCCAUUCAGAAUCGACUGGGUAAGAAUUGGACGUUCAUUAUUGCAGCAAUAUGUGGGGUUGUAGGUGUUCUAGUGACUUACUUCUUCGUGCCCGAUCUCUCGGGUGAAGAUUUGCGACUGCGCGAUGAGAAGUUUCGUAAUUACCUUGUUUCCAAAGGUUGGGAUGGUGCAAUGGGUGAAGCUGAUCUCCAAGCCAAAGCAGACCAGGGAAUUCCCCCAGCGAUCACCCUUGACAAGGCGCUCAUCAAGGAGGGCUAA